AUGGAAGUAUGUUGCCAGUUGCCGGUGCUGCCGUUGGACCGGCCGAUACCGAAACAUGUCCUCAUUCGGCGCGGAGCCAUCAGUCUCUGCUCCAGCUCAGCGCUGUUUGGCGGACCGGCUCCGCGACAGCUGUCAAAGAGACGGGGUGCAGUUUCCUAUGAUAGUUCCGAUCAGACAGCCCUCUACAUUCGCAUGCUGGAUGUCAGGGGGAGGGCGAAAACUGGCUCCGAGUCAAAGAGGCCAGAGAGACAAGAACUUCACACAGAGCAGUACUGUGACUGCAGAGAAAUAAACUAUGCUGCCAUAGCUGCUGCCAAUUCAGAGAGGCCAGUUUCUGUGGUGAGGAAUCUCCACAGAACCCUUAGCCUGCGACGAUGCUCCAACUCCUCACAGCCUCUGCAUGUUUCUCCACCUGAAAACAGAGCUUUUCUCCUGGACUUGCCAAAGGCCACGUGUAUGCUAAAGAGGCUUGGCAGAUGGAAUUUCAAUAUUUUCCUGUUUGAUCAACUGUCAGAUGGAAAAAGCCUACUAGGCUUGACCUAUCACCUCUUCCAUGAAUACGGGCUGCUGGACCUCUUUCAAUUGGACCCACUCAAACUGCGAGGCUUUUUAGUGAUGGUUCAGGAGAAUUACCACAGUCAGAACCCCUACCACAAUGCCAUCCAUGCUGCAGAUGUCACCCAAGCUCUCUACUGCUUUCUGCAGGAACCAAAGCUCUCUGAGUCUCUGACCUCCUGUGAUAUCCUCCUGGCCUUGCUGGCUGCUGUUACUCAUGAUCUGGAUCAUCCAGGUGUCAAUCAAACUUUUCUCAUCAAAACCAACCACUACCUGGCUAAGCUGUACAAGAAUACUUCAGUACUGGAGAACCACCACUGGAGGUCAGCAGUGGGUCUGCUGAGAAAAUCUGGUCUUUUGUCACACCUCCCAGCUGAAGACAGGCUGGGGUUGGAGGAGAGGCUGGGUUCUCUGAUUUUGGCCACUGAUAUCAGUCGACAGAAUGAAUUCGUGUUAGAUUUCAGGGCUCGUCUGGAGCGUUCAGACUUGGACCUGAGCAUCGCUGAGAACAGACACUUCAUUCUACAGAUGGCGCUGAAGUGUGCAGACAUCUGUAACCCCUGUCGACCGUGGGAACACAGCAGGCUGUGGGGCAGGAGAGUGACACAAGAGUUUUUCAGUCAAGGUGACAUUGAGAGGACCCAGGGCCUGAAUGUGAGUGUUCUCUGUGACAGGAACACCAACACUGUGGCCCAAAUUCAAAUCAGCUUCAUGAGUUUUGUGGUUGAACCACUAUUCAUUGAGUGGACCCGUUUCUCAGACACACAGCUCUCUCAGACCAUGCUACGUCACCUCACCCUCAACAAGGCCAGAUGGAGCAGACCAGAUGAGGCAGACCAGGAGGAGCAGACCAGGAGGAGCAGACCAGACCAGAGCAAGAGGACCUGAAGAACAUCACCCAAGAUAUCCUCUCUGUGGUAUGACCUCAGGGAAGCAUGGGGUCAUGACCUCUUGAAGGCGUGGG